GGUUAGAUGAGUUAGAUUAUGGGCCUGCUUGUGUUGUACUUUAUGGCGUGAUGAAAGUGCACCAGUUCAAUUUUGAUUUUAAAAUGUAACUAGUAACAGCUGUAUUUGCUUUAUGCCACAGGAUUCUAUCAGUGAGAUGUUAUCAGCAGUCAUGAACUGUCACAUAUUAGAUUUAAUCACUGACCAUCGUGUUGCAAGGGUGCUGGAUAUGCUACAAUGUUUGGCAACAAGGACCCCAAGAAUUGUUCUUGGUCGGGUGGAAGAAACAUUUCCCUCUCUGAGGCACAAUGUGAGUAUUGAAUUGAAUACUGACAGAAACAGACAAACACUACCAUCCGAGACAGUCACAAGCGAUGACACUGUGAUGGUGAUCGAAGAUACAGAUCAUCAUGCUGAAGCAGGAGGGGGCGAGAGUGGUGGUCUUUCACAAGAUGAUGCAAAUCACAUCACUGAAGGAAGAAGAGGAGGUGGAGAAGGAGGAGGAGGAGGAGGACGGGAAGGAGAGAUGAACACAUUUCUGCAUGAAGACACAUAUUAUCAUACUGAAGGUCAAGGAGGAGGAAGGGGGGAGGAGGAGGGUGAAACUGUUUUACAGGAUGCAGAUCAUAUCACUGAUGGAGGAGGAGGAGGAGGAGGAGGAGGAGAAGAAGAAGAAGAAGCAGAGAGUGACAUAAUUCCACUGGAGGACACCAAUUGUGACGCUGGAGGAAUAGCAGAAGAAGGGUGUGAAACUGCUGUGCAGAAGAAUACAGAUCAUUUCAGUGAAGAAGAGAGAAAAAGUGAUGGUCAUCAGCAGAUGGAUAGGGAUUAUGUUAAUGAGGGAGAAGACGCAGAAAAGAUAGAUGUCCUUCCUCACUGUAAUGACAGUCAAUCUAAUGAACCAGCCACUCGUUCUUCUGACUCUACAGGGAAAGCAAAAGGCAGAGGAGUGUUAUAUAUAGAUAUCCGUCCUCAGUGUAAUGACAGUCAAUCUAAUGAACGAGCCACUUGUGCUGCUGAUUCUACAGGGAAAGCAAAAGGCCGAGGAGUGUUAUAUGUGUGUGUAAUAUAUGCAAUGUACAAUAUAAGUAUGAAGGAGCACUAUGGAAACAUAAGCUUCAGUUGCAUCAUAUUCUGAUUGAUGUAGACAGGCUGUAUGAGUGUAAAAUAUGUAAAAAGUAUUUUGUUUCGGAAUAUAAUCUGAAAAGACACCAAAUUACAAAACGUAUACCUAUUGAUGGAGACAGCUGACACCAAUAUGAGUACGAAAUAUGUAAACAGUCUUUUGUUUCGGAAUGUACUCUGAAGAGACACAAAAUUACAAAACAUAUAGCUGUUGAUGGAGACAGCAGACAGCUAUAUGAGUGCAAAAUAUGUAAACAGUUUUGUUUCAGAAUGUACUCUGAAGAGACAAAAUUACAAAACAUAUACCUGUUGAUGGAGACAGCAGACAGCAAUAUGAGUGCGAAAUAUGUAAACAGUUUUGUUUCAGAAUGUACUCUGAAGAGACAAAAUUACAUAUACCUGUUGAUGGAGACAGCUGACACCAAUAUGAGUGCGAAAUAUGUGAACAGUCUUUUGUUUUGGAAUGUACUCUGAAGAGACACAAAAUUACAAAACAUGAGGUUGGAGUGUGUUCAGGUGGUGGGCCUUACACGUGGGAAUUCUGUGGGCAAGUUUAUACUCUGCUCUCAAAUUUCAGGAAACAUUAAUGCUCAUAGCACUGAGAAACCAUAUGUGUUUAGUGUAUGCAACAAGUGUUUCCAUCAAAAGAGUAACCUCAUAAGUCACAUGCUUGUGCAUACUGGCAAAAAAGUUGGAAAACUCUCAUCUACAGUUAAAAGUAAUUAAAAUAUGCAUUUGCAUUUGCACAAGUGAGAAGAGUCGUUUGCAUGUGACAUGUAUGCUGUCAUUCAUAUGGAAAAUGCAGCUUGUUGCACAUUUAUGCAAAUAUGCAAAGUAACAUGAACCCGUCACAUUCGUGCAAUGCAGGCCAUUUGUUAAUUUGAUUCACUAGGUUUUAAUUGGUUAUCAUUAUUCUUCUGUUUCAAAUUCUGGCUAUUGAGGUGCAUGCUUUACUGCCAGUUUUGGUAGGAUGUGUGGAGUAUUUUCUCAUAAGAAUUAGUGCAAGGAAUGCAGUUUUAAUAUUAUGAUCUAGCAUGUAUCACUGAAGGUUCUUUUUCUACCAUGUGUAUUAUAUUUUAUGUGAUUGAUUUUCUUGUACAGUUUUCAAUAAAAGUGAACCAGUUCCUUUCUUGUUCUUCUCGUCCUCUUCUCUUUUUUGGAAGGGGGUGGAUAUAUUAGUCAUUCAGUAGGAAUUAUGGAAGGUCAGCCUGUAUAAGACAACAGGAAUGCCAUUGGCUGUCAUAAAUCUCAAGAUUACAAGAAGCAUGCAAGAUCACACUGUCCCAAGGCUGUAGGACCUUAAGAUGUGGUGGGUGCCGAGAUGCUCUCAAGCUCAUAAUACAGAUUUCUCAAUUGUUCUGUCUUGUGUCUGAGAGCAGAGGACAUCUUGAUUAGCUGAGUUGCUGCUUACGAGUACAAGGAGAGGGCGUGAGAUCUAGGUCAGGGAUAUCAACAAAAAUUGGAUCUGUGGGAAGAAAAUGGCCCAUAAUAUGGAGUUCUUGACUUUAGUCCUAUGAGCUUCAGUAUUAAGUCUUUAUGUUUCUUCAGGAAAUGUUUAAAGAUCAUUUUCUUAAUUUUUUUCCAUAUUUAAUAAGCUCAUGAGUAAAAUGGUGUUUGUAUAUGCAGUUCUCCGGGUUAUUAUUUGGCUUCUGACAUGUACCAGCUUCAUGUAUGAGUUGUAAAAUUGUUCACAAAAGUAACGUUAAAUAACAGGUUUGCCUUAUAUUCAGUUAGGCAUUUUAUUCCCUGAGGCAUAAAAUGGAGGUCAUAUAUAUACAUAUCAAAGCAUGACCUUCAUUUUUGGUUUUGUGAUAUGUAUCACCCAAAAACUGUUUGAAUUUGCCAAUUCUGUUUGUGAUGAAGGUGAUUUGAAGAUAUUAAAUGUGACACUUGUGCCAGUUCAGUGAG